AAGUGGAAGAAGACCAAUAUAAUGAACUUUCCUUAAAUAUUCUGUGUGUAUAUACUAUAUACCAUUCUUCAUAAAUUUCUCCACUUAGCCACAUAAAUUAAGGGGAUAUUGAUUUCAGUAACUCACAAUGCGCAUUGAUUUCAGCGCGUGGGAUUCUAUUAAAGACAAGUUUAAGAAGCUUGCCAUAAUUACUCACCACAAUAACAGUCUAUACAUAUAAAAAGAAUAACACCAUUUCUGUAUGGUAUGGUGGUUUCGGCACUGAAUCAAGAAACAGGGGAUGGAUGGUUGAAGAAUCAGCAAGAAUAAUAUAAUAAUGCCUGCAGUUUGGUUUGCUUUGAAGAGGUCCUUGCAUUGCAAAUCAGAGCAAGCCGAUGUUUACGAACCGAAGGGCAACGACGACGACAAUAACAGAAAUUUGAGCAAUAUCUGCACGAAGAAAUCUAGUGGGACCCGCUCCGGUUGUUCUCGGUCCAUCGCGAAUCUGAAAGAUGUCGUCAUUCAUGGAAGCAAGAGGCACAUGGAGAAGCCGGCCAUUUGCAGUCCCAGAUCCAUCGGAAGCAGCGAACUCCUCAACCCGAUAACCCACGAAGUCGUGCUUAAUAAUUCCACUUGCGAACUCAAAAUUAGCGCCGGGAUUGGUUUCCGAGAAGGCGGCGAUAGCGGCAGUUAUAAUGAUUUUGUUGGUAUGUUGAAACCGGGAACUCCAGGGCCGGUAGGGUUUCACGUGGGGCGGGUACAGAAGCCGGGUAUUUUGGGUAGCCCGAUAAGGAGAAGCUCAAGCAGCCUUUCGAGGAGGAAUGGAUUUGGCGGCGGUGGUGGUGCUUCUUCGACAAGGCCGAGGUCUUCGUUUGGUGCAGAUUCUCACGGUGGAGCCAUUUCUUGCCAUAAAUGUGGCGAGCAGUUUCUCAGAUGGGAAGCUGUCGAGGAACAUCACCUCUCCAAACACGCCGUUACUGAAUUAGUGGAAGGAGAUUCCUCUAGAAAAAUAGUCGAGAUAAUAUGCCGAACGAGCACAAAGCCGGAGAAUCACCACCGAAGUACCGGAAUCGAGAGGAUUCUGAAAGUCCACAACAUGCAGAAAACUCUAGCACAAUUCGAAGAGUACAGAGAAGUGGUGAAAAUCAAAGCAAGCAAGCUCCUAAAGAAGCACCCUCGUUGCUUGGCCGACGGAAACGAACUUUUGAGAUUUCACGGUUCGACCUUAGAGUGCUCAUUGGGUACGAAAGGCGGCUCGUGCAGCCUAUGCACUUCCGAUAGAUGCAGAGUUUGCCGGAUUUUGAGGAAUGGGUUUUCGAACAAGAAAGAGGUUGUGCGAGGUGGAGGCAUUGGGGUGUUCACGGCUUCGACGAGCGGGAGAGCUUUCGAGUCGAUCCAGGUGGCGGAUGGUGAUUCGUCGGUGGUGAGGAAGGCGUUGAUUGUUUGUAGGGUGAUAGCUGGGAGGGUGCAUAAGCCGUUGGAGAAUAUACAAGAAUUGGUUGGACAGACGGGAUUCGAUUCGUUGGCCGGGAAAGUUGGUGUUCAUUCUAAUAUUGAGGAGCUUUAUUUGCUUAGUCCAAGAGCUCUUCUUCCUUGCUUUGUGGUGAUUUAUAAACCUUGAUUAUAAAUGGAUCAAGUAAACUUUUUUCAUUAUGGAAUAUUUGGUAAAGUUCCAAUUCUUUUGUUGUUCUGGAAAUUCGAUACAAACUUUUGGAAUUUUUCGUGUUUUCGAUCUGAUUUCAAUUUUGAAAUUACAUUAAUGUCCAACUCUAUGGUGAUGUGGAU